UGGAGAUCAAUUUUCAUUUGGUUUCGAUCACGCGGGGAAUCUCCAGAACCCACUCUUUCCAAAUCGUUGAAUGAGUGAUAUGAAUCGUUUUACAAGCUCAGCAACAUGAACUUAUCAUCAAACUCAAUCAUCAAAUCCGAUCUGGGUCCAUUACUCGAAGACCUUCAUCUGGGGCCUAAUGCUAAUCAUCCACUGAUUCGAAAUGGACACGUACCCUUCAAAGAACACAAGCCUGAACCUUCAAACAUACUCCUUGGGAAUCAAGAACAGACUACUCUCGUUUCCUCAAAGCCUGUCAAUGUUUCACUCCCGGACGAACUUAUAGAAGCCAUCUUAGAAUUCGUCUUUGCUUUUGGUGUUGAAGAUGCUACCCGAACACUCAAGAGUUGUAAGCUGGUAUCACCUCAAUUACAAAGAAUCAUCAUUCCACGAUUAGACGCCAGUCCAAUGAUCGAUAUGGGUUCAAGACGUGCUGCUCUCGAUUUUCUAUCACGCGUCUCUGAUGAAUUAGUCGAUCAUCAAUUGGACCUAAUGAACUUCAAACCAAACAAAUCACCACCACCUGAUAGUUUGAUAGGUCGAAUGCGAAAACUCAUGUUUAUUGGAGAAGCUGUCUGGCGACACCGUUCUUCAACCAAAGAUCGUCACGAGUUUGUUGAUCGACAAAUCUUUCAUGAGAUCCUUAAUCGGAUUUGGUCCACUCGAAUCCACACUUUAGUCUUUGUAGAAUUACCAUAUACGAAUCCAUUUUUUCGAACCGUCGUUAAUCGAUAUCCAUCUACAUUGACCACCGUGAUUAUGCUUACACCACUCUCACCUUUUCAGCUACUUUUCUUCUUACGUGAAUUGCCCAGCUUAAGACAACUUUGUAUUGGAUCUCGAGAUGACUCGCCUGGUGAUCCUGCCGAACAUCAUACACUCUUCAGUCGAGAUCAAUUACCUUCUUCAAAGUUGAUUUCCUUUGGAAUUGCUGCUCGUGCAUCUGAACGCUGGCUCAAGACUGGCUUACCUUGGCUUGAAAACAUCUUGAACCUUAUCGUAGUACCCUGUGUACUCACCAUCAAGACUCUUCAUUUAGAAUUAGCAGAUGAUGGCGAUCAACGACACUUACUCAAUAUCUUCUUUCCCCCUGUUCCCACUGCACAACCUCCGUUGAACGAUCUUCCUGGUGACCCUAGUUCUUCAGACUCGAGCUCCAGAUCGUCACCCACGCAACUGAGAACUCUCUACCUACGCGGAAUAUCUUCCUCACUGAUGUCUCAAACCCUCCCUCAGUGUAAAGGGAUCAAGCGUCUAUGUCUGAGCUCAAUCUAUGGGACCGCUCUUCGAUCAUCUAAAUACUCUCUAGACUUUCAAAUUUUACCAGCUGAUGCUUCUUCAGAGCCCGCCGAAGAGGUUUCCAGUCCAUCAGAGUACGAACCACCACCACUUGGACUUUUACGAAGUUCUCAUGGACCUGCAGAUAACCCAGUGUGGACUUCGAUUCCUGAUAGUCUUGAGGAAUUAUCAAUUGAUGUGACUCGAUUGUCUGGUCAUGGACCUUGGAAUGCUCGCUCUGCAGGAAAACUGGCUGGAACACUCGCAGAGCUCCUUGUUUCGAAUCAAUGUCCAAAGUUGAUUCGGUUAGGAUCAUUUUUUGCUAAUGAGGACUUUGUAUACGGGAUUCAUGCGCUCCGUCACGGAAGGAAGCUUAUACCUGAGGUUCAGCAUUUGAUUCAACUUGCAGAGGCAAAGGGAGUGUGUUUGGUGGCAUCGUUAUGGUCAGAAUCCUUUGUUCCUUCUGCUGGAGGUAAUGGAUGGUAUGGGUCUUGAAAACCAUGACAACAACUUAGUUAGAGUCUUUGAAUACGGUUCCUUAGUCCAACAAAAGUAGAUCAGGAAGAUGUUCAUAAUUUCAUAUCGAAGUAUACAACUAUUGCAUCAUUUUCUCUUUCUCUUCAUGAUUCAUCUCUCGACUCACCUGUAGUGUAAUGUACUUCAUUAAUCCAUAUCUCAUGUAUCUUUAAUAUUCACAUUGUAUUUAGUUUACGUGUAUUUUUUACAUUAUCUAGUAUUACCUCAUAAAACUCUCUCCCUGCUCGAGUUUGCGAAGAGAAAACUUACGAGGCCUU